AUGGAUGUUGGUGCAAAUAUUGCUGAAACAUUUUGUUGUGGGGCGGGUGACUGCAAAUCUUUUGCUCUAGGAAAUACUGCUCUGACACGACGUGACUUGGACUCUGUCGACGCUGCGGAGGAGCCUAAGACUAAGAGGGCCGCUAAAUCUUCCGUUCUAUCGGAAAGAGAGGCCUUCUCCCCCGCCGCCCGAGCCGCGGCCGCUGUCCACGCUCGCGACGAGAAGAAAUGCUCCACCACUGUAAAGGACGGCCCCUAUCCCGUCGCUGGCUACCAAAUCCUCGUCGCCAACACUCAAACCGGCACGACGGGCGCCUGCUCCUUCCUCGUCAACCACGGCGUCUCCGUCUCCACCAGUUUGACCUCCACAAAGGACCAGACCAUUACCAACAGCGUCGGCACCAGCGUGGCCGCGACGUCAGGAUCCGAGCUGUUCGGGUUCGAGAUCACGGUCACGGGCAGCUACGAUUUCGCCAUCGCAAUUGGGGAGUCCACUAGUACUGGGGUGGAGAACGGGACCACGGUAUCUGUUACGAAUAAUCUAGGACAGGCACUAGGGACGAUGGCGUUUGUGACGUUCACGCCGACGUGUAACUGCUAUACUGCGGACGUGGAUUGUGGGGAAUGGUGUUGCGGAGGAUCUUGA